ACAACCCUCAUUACCGCUCGACGGCGCCGAUUAACACUGGUUUGGCUCGAAAAUUGACGACGGCCGUUUGAGAGCUUGUGCAGAGCCUCGACUCCAAGACGUCAUUUCCGACUAUCAACAAAAUGAGCCUCCGCCUCCAUCUAGCUCUCCCACGAAACUCGUUCACCCCAAGCUAGUUCUCUUCUCGAAUCAGUGGAAGCUCUGGUGAACUAUGCUGGUCCGUCUCCUCCGCCCGCAUCAUACGUCGGUAGCAGCGGAAGGGUAAACAGUGUACUGGGCCAGCUCAACGGUUCUUUGUGCAGGACAAAACUGCGAAUGGCAGCACUGUCUCCUGCCGGAAUUGCAUCUGCACGGAGCUGACAUCGAGAGGAGCUUCACCUAUCCUACCAGUCGGCGACGAGAUUUGCGCUGCGAAUGGCGUUCCAGGAUUGAGGGUUUAAAUGGCGCUCUUGAAUCCCUCCUUCAUCUUUGGACUGGUCGUCCUCUUAUAUUUGUCAUCGUUCAUACUCUUCGCCGUCCUACGAAUCCUCACGGGCAUUUCCAUUCAGCGCAUCGGCUACUUAUCUUUGAGAAGGCUUGCAUACACUCCAAAAGAUGGCAUAAAGAUAGAGAUCAGGGGCCUCGGCCUAAAUCUACACCGACCUACAUUUGCGCAACCAACAUGGCUCAGUAUCGUCCUGACGGAAUUAGCUGUAACGGUGGAUUUGAAGGCUGCCGAAGGAGAUAAGAAUGGCGAUCCCGGGGAGGCCAACGGCAUGGUCGAAGGCGCAGAUGGGCCCAAUUGCGAAUUCGAGCCGAAACGAAAACCAUUGUCACGAAAAGCCAGCUCCGGGCCACACAGGAGCAAGAGCUGGGAACGACUUACUGGUAUCAAGGACCGAAUAAAGCGCCUUCAUCGAAACAUCAACUGGAUUCGCAUGGUGGACGUGGUGGCCUCGAAUUCCUCACUGACGUUGGUUGACGUGGGGCAUAUUCAAGUUGGGAGCUUUACAAUGGCAGUGGAUACCCGACGCAAGAUGGUCGACCGAGGGAGGAUGUUUUCCCAUGUCAAGAAAGCCAAAAAGGAUCAGCGUCCAGCAGAGUGGAUGCUUACUAUGCGCAGCGUGCUCUUCACUCCAGAAGGCAGGGAUUCUUUGGAAGUUCUGGAUCAUGCAACACUCAACAUCCACGGCUUGUUAUACAAGGACCUCGACGGCCUUAGAGAUGCUGCUAUCUCGCUGAAGUUAGGCCGGGUCCAUAUACCGUAUGAUGACAUCAAUACUUGCAUCAAUCGGUACAAGGGGUGUCGAAAAUUGUACGCCCCGCCGGAGCCUGUGGGUGCAGACAUAUCUGUCCAGGACCUGCUCGAGGAACUCGACAGACCUGGCAGCCGAGAAGAGAACCUGGUGCGGACUGUCUCAGAUUCAAAAGAAUUUGUGAGCUCUAUCCUUCGUGGCAUCAAAGAGGUGCAGUUUGCCGUCAGUUUUGUUGGGUUUACCAAGAAAAUCAGCUCUGUUCAGCCCCACGGCUCACCACUCUACUUGAAUGCUUCCAUGAAAGAGGUUGGGGUAGAUUUGCACAGGCUGGAUCAGAAGUCUCCCGCGCAUCGAAUGUAUUUCUCUUCCAAGGACAUUGCACACCAAGCCUUAGUCGCAGCCCUAUCAAUUUCAAUCGGUGUUGAUGAAGGACGAGGCAAGACAGACAGGUUAAUGUAUAUUCCAAUGGCGACAACGACAGUCCGAACCACUCUCCCUUCGAAGACUGUUGAGUUCGGUGGGGACAAUAGUGCAGAUGAACGGAAUGCUAAUAUCCUCUUCGCUAAUAUGGUCAUCACUUCUCCGUCUGUUGACCUGGAUCCCAAGCAUCUACCUCUAUUGUUGGCUAUUCUCCAGCCUAAACCGAAGGCCAGGAGUGGGACGUUACCGCGGAGACACAUUCUCAUCUCUAGAUUACUACCCAAGGCCAAUGUCAAAUUCUCGAUGCAUGAACCCGUGAUACGGAUCGCACUUCCACCCGUCGAAAAGACGGCAGAAGAAGACGACUUCGACUUGAUCAUAUCCUCCAUCUCUUCGAUCUCUUUGGACAUUGAAUCUUCGCAUUCAGCUGUAGGAGAACUACAUUACAGCCUGGGUUCGACACUCAGGUUGCAGUCUCAUGACCUCUACUACCAAACAUCAUCGGGAGCUCAUUUUGACUUGCUUCAGACCGAGUCACUGGAACUGAAAGUCCAACUCAGUGCGAAUCCGGAAGUCUAUGUUGUAGCUACAGGCACUUUGCAGACUUUUUCAAUUCACAUGAUUCGACCAGAGAUCAGCGAUGGAGUUCGUCAGAUAGUUCGCCAACUGCGACUGAAUGUUGAGCCUGAGAAGAAAGCUCAUGCGGAAACCUCUCGUGACCCCAAUUUUGUUAGGGCAAUACCGGCUUGGUUGUUACAUUUUUCAAUACAGGGCUCUGACUUCAGCGCGGAAGUCGCUGGAGUUGAUGAAGACAUCUCUGAUGACACCCGAGGCGUAGCAUUACAAUUGCAGUCUUGGACAGCGGAAUACCGGGCUCAAAAAUCCGAAGCACUAGACCGAAGAGCCUCCCGAAGAAGAACGGGGAGUCGGUCUUUGACCCCAGAUCCAGAAACAUUCUUGAAAAUGCCACAAUCGCCGCGGAAGAAGCAUCAACAACUUCCUAGUGAUGGCCGCCGUUUAGCUGUUCACAUUCGAGGUCUGGAGGCAUUUGUGGUCGAGUCUACCGAAAAAUGGGAAGCAUCACCAUUUGUUGCCAUGCCACGCUUCGAAGUGGCAUUGUCUACAUCAAGUGACAACCAAGGGCCAAUCUUCCAUGUCAAUUCGCACGUAAGAACACUGCUUUUUCAAUACUCGCUCUAUCGACAUUACGCAGUUGGAGUUGCUACCACAGUAUUAAGGAAGGCCUUCGUUCGCACCAAAGCCGAUGUAUUGGAAGCGGAGCGGGCACGAGCAGCCGCGCGGGUCUUUGGUGGUGCUGACCACCUUUCCCCCUUGAGAUCUCCAGAAGAUCUGCAAUUGAAAGAUUCUGCGGUGUAUCCGUUUAACGCAAAAGAGUUCGUGACCGUGGACGUGCGGUCGACAUUGGUACAAGUGAAGGGUGACAUGCCAGCCGACCCCCCCAUGAUGCUACAGAUAUAUGGGAUGGAAGCCGGCCGACAUAGGUGGUCGGCCCCUUUCGUCCAUGCCAAGCUUGCUCGGUUGUAUGCUGAAGCCCCAAAAAUGAAGCGUGUUUGGGCAAGGAUCGUCAGUGUGAAAACUCUUCGAGUUGAUCUACGUGACAACAGACGGAAGCACAGCAAUGGCGAAUUGCACGACGAGCGGAUGAUCGACGUGAACACGGAGGCUAUAAGACUAGCUGUUCCUCAUCAACUUAUUCUUCACAAAGUCUUCGACAAUUUCAUGAACACGUUCAAAUCUGUCCAGCAGCUUCACCAUCGUUUCGUCACUGGAACAAACGAGUAUAUUCUCGAAAAAUUCCCAGAGGGCCCAAAACAUGUCCCCAAAAUCUCGCUGCGGAGCAGAGCAUUACUGUUUGAGCUCGAGGAUGGUGCAUUUGAAUGGAAAUUGGCCGCAAUAUACCGAGCUGGUCUGGUGGAGCAAGGACAGCGUAUUGCACGUGAGGCAGCAUUCAAAGUCAAAGCCAAGAAGAUUGAAGAGGAGGAGAGACAGAAGGAUUCCCUACGAUUCCGUGCCAAAUCGGCUCACCCACGUGGCCGUAGCACCAACAAGGAUAGCGCUCGACAGCGGAGCAAGAGUGAAAACAACACAUCCCGGGAUGGCCGAUCGAGGUCUCACCGCGGCCGCAAGUUGCGCUAUGAUCCAGAAGGCACAUGUGGAAUGAGUGGCUCUGCUAAGAUUUCGAUUGCAGAGGCCUACGAAAGGUUGCAACGCCACAACUCUCAAAGUUGGAAACAACGAAUCGACCGCAUUUCCAAUUCGGCAAAAAAUGGCAUGAAAGAGCUACGUGGUGUGUUCUGGGGACCUGAUGAGCUUCCUGACGAUAUGGAAGAAACGGAAGAAAUCCUAGAAGUGCCUCAACGGCCGGCCUUAAUGACAACGUUGAUCAGCGACCUUCACAUCACCAUCGAUAAACCUUCAUUUCACAUGAGCCAAUUACCGGAGUUCAUCCAUCGUGUUGGGAAAGGCAUGCCGUACGACAUGAAAUAUUCUCUGCUCGUUCCUCUGCAUGUUCAGAUAGACAUGGGAGAGGCGCGGGUCACUCUCCGAGACUAUCCAUUACCUCUCCUCCAUGUCCCAGCAACCAAACCUGGGCAGUCAGCAAGGUUGCCCGCAUGGUCACUCAAGACGGACUUUGUCAUUGCAGAGGAAUAUCGAGGUCCUGAAUCGACUCGCCACGUCAAAGUCAAUAUUAUCCCUCCAAAGAAUCGCGAGCCGGAGACUUCAAACGAGGGUGGAUUUGCUAUUGAUGUUCGAAGGACUGUUUCGCCAGUGAAGACAUACUCGGAUAUCACCGUGGAUAUCAAUACUGGUUACCCUACCAGAAUAACCUGGGGUGCUUCAUAUCAACCAGCAAUUCAGGACAUGAUGAUGGUGAUCGAAGGCUUCACCAAGCCUCAGGUCGAUCCAUCGGAUCGUACUGGAUUCUGGGACAAAAUACGGCUCAGUUUCCACUCUCGCGUUCAGGUUGCUUGGCGGGGCGAUGGCGAUGUCCACCUCAUGCUUAAGGGAACUCGCGAUCCGUAUAUGGUUACCGGAAACGGUGCGGGAUUCCUCAUGUGCUGGCGAAAUGACGUGAGGUGGAACAUAUGCCGAGAUGAAGAUCCCAAGAAGUUCAUGACAGUGGACAGCGGCGAAUACAUUCUUGCGAUUCCGGAUUACAGCCACCAAGCCCGUGGCACAACAAGGCACAACCGCGAUGAUGAUAGUGUUUCUAGUGCAGAUAGCUUCAAGCGGGGCGCAUCGUUCAAGAAGGUAGUUAUGAAACUCUCAGGAAAUGUUCAGUGGCUUGCAGGCUUGAUGUUUGAGAGAAAUCUGGAGCAGAAAGGACACCGGCGGUCCUUUGAGUUUGAGCCUCACUAUAACGUCGUCUUUAAAGAACCACAAUUCGCAAAGGCCCCACCUGGUCUUGAAUACGAUGCUUUCAGGGGCUUCCGAAGUCACCAUAUUCACAUGUCAAUAGCUGUGAAAGCUCCUGUGGACAGAGAAUGGGUUGUCACUAACACAGAGUCUUCCAAGAGCUACAACACGGUCCAUUUGACUCCUCGAUUCUUCACGCACUUUUUCGCUUGGUGGUCCAUGUUUAAUGGCACUAUGUCACUUCCCAUCCGCCAAGGGAGUUUAUGGCCUGGUCUCGAAAAGUCCAGCAAGAAGUUCGGCAGACAUAUUGCCACUGUCAAAUACAGCCUCCUACUAGCUCCCCUUUUCCUAAGCCACAUUUACAAGCACAAGGAUGCGGAGGACUACUCGGAAGACGUUGUUUCUGCUACUGGAAUCAAAAUGAGGCUCGAUAGUUUUAUGCUGGACGUGCAUCAGAGGCGCGAACAGUUCAACACACAAGACAAGGGACGAAAGACACAAGGCAAGACAACUGGUAUGAAAAUGCAUCAAGCCCAGCUCGACUUGAUAUCGGCAGAUAUCCGAGCGGUAGCAGCCAGCAUUGCAGGUACCACACCAGAAGAUCUUCGGAAAGCCUCCGCCCCUAGUCUUCUUGUUUCACAACAAGAAGAAGGUGCCACGGACUUAUCGCACUUUGAGAUACCAGACAACGAUUUCAGUUGGAUUGAUAUGGAUGAUUUCGUCGAACUAGACUGGAUCUUGCCUUCAGAAGCAAACCCCGACACAAAGAUAAUGCCGCUUGCCUACGCUCCACGCUUUACAUAUUUCCGGCAGACCGGCCAUGGUGACACAAUAUCCGGGGAUCCAGAUCGAACUAGCACGUUUGGCAACGAGCCAACGCAUUUCUGCAUUAUGAGCAAGGAUGACGAUCCUCGCCGUGUUCAAUGCCAGCUGAUUCAAAGCCGUUUGGACCAACUCCAACAACAAAUGGAUUCUCACACUCAAGCUCUCGGAGAUGCUGAGCUUAAACACAUCAAGGAUGAGAAUAACACCACUUUGAAGAACGACUUCGAGCAAUUGAAUCAACAUGGCGAUGUGUUGCGAGACAAAAAGAUCUUUUUGGAGUCUAUAAUGCAUCGUAUGACCAUGCAUGUAAAAACCAAUACGAAAAGAGCAGUCCCAGAUGGCGACAUUGAUGUCGACAGCGACGGCGAGACCCCGUCACCCGAAAAGUACGACCCGGAAGCCGAGGGCAUGGACACCAAUCCUGGGGCAGAAUUCGUGAGCGACUUCAACAAUCGCUUUGUUAUCCAUAACAUGCAGCUGAAGUGGAAUAAUAUGUUACGGAACAUCAUCCUCCGAUAUAUCCAUCAAGUCAGUCAAAGACGUGGCUUUGUAUACUAUCUUUCAAGACGCGCCGUUAAGUUCAUUCUGGAUAUUGUUGAAGAGCAAAAUAAGGGGAAGGCAGCUGCAAAGCCGGGCACAAAUACACAAGCCGAAAAUUCCGCAACAGCAAGUUCCCCUACCGCACUUCAGGGUGAAGAUGUUGCGUCUCAAGACAUCGAGGAUCGUAUAAGAGAAAUUCUUGCCGAUGGAAAGAGUUUCGUCACUGUAGAUGAUCCUCAGACUCAGGAAACAAGUGAGAGAGUCUCUCACGAGCAGUUGGAUGCGAACAUUGCUGGCGACUUCAUGGCUCAGAGCAGCUAUCACCUGCGGCUCAUUGCGCCUCAAAUCCAGCUUCAAAGUGAGAAGAAUCCUAAAGCAGUCGUCUUGGUCACAGCAAAGGGAAUGGAACUGAAGGUUAUCGAAGUCAUGGAUAAGGAUCGCAUCUUCGAUGAUGUGAGUGGUCUUGUGCAACGGCGCUUCGCGGUUGAAAUGGACAGCACACAAUUCUUUGUCACCCAUCAAAAAUGGUUCUCUUCACAACUGCUUUCUAUGUACUCCGGAAAUCAUUACGGCGUCCCCGCAGGAUCUGCUUGGCCGCCUUGGGUGCCUAUGGAAGUCAUGUUUGAUUUCCAAGUUGACCCCUUUGGCUUCAAGCGCGUUGUGCAGAAAACGUCAGCCAGUUUGCGCUACGACAAGUACAAUACUUUACGACUUAAAUACAAUGACGAGAUCAGCGCGGACGGGAACCAUGCUGCGAGCCCCAAUAAUGUGGAGAGCCGGAUGGACCACCUCUGGGUUGAGUUUCCCCAGGUUCGUGCCAUUUGUAACUCAGCCCAGUAUUAUGCAAUGUAUAUCAUUGUGCUGGAUCUCCUCAUGUACAGUGAACCAUUGGAGAAGACCAGAACUGAACGCCUGGAGAAGAUCAUGCUUGCUUCGGAUUUCAGCGAUCUCCGAGGUGCUCCAGAGAUGGUUAUCCGUCUGCAAGAACGGAUCCGACAACUGGAUGAAAUCAAAACACAAUUCCAAAUCAACUCCAAGUACCUGGACAAACAAGGUUGGGAAGACAGGCUUGCGCUUGACAAAGACUUGACAAGCUGCGAAGACGAAUUGUUUUUCAUGAUGAAAGCUAUUACAACUUCUCAGAGAAAGUAUGACGGAUCCCAGUCGAGUGGUUUGUUGAGGUGGAAUAUCUCAUCUCAGCAGAUUGUUUGGCAUCUGAUCCGAGAUAACCACGAGCCGCUGAUGGAAUUCCAACUUCAAAAAGCUGAGUAUGAUCGGACCGAUAACUCUGACGGAUCGCAUAUCAACCUGAUGCAAAUUGGCAAGAUCGUGGGACUCAAUCUCUUACCCGACGCGAUCUAUCCUGAAAUGUUUGCUCCGUACACAGAUGCUGAGCGAGGCGCUUUCAAUGAAGGAGGCAAUCAGUAUAUGUUGAGAGUAUACUGGUACAUGCUUGAGGCGAUUGCCGGAAUUCCGGUGAUGGAUCACUUUGAAGUCAACCUCUUCCCAAUGAAAAUCCAGCUUGAGCGUGAGGUUGGAAAGAGGCUCUUCGACUAUAUGUUUCCUGGUUCAAGCGACUCGAAGACCAAGUCGCCCUUUAUGGUCAAGAACAUGCAGCCUGUUGAAAACGAUGAAGAGGGUGAGGCGGACACGGGGAACUCAAGUCAAUUGACCAUCUCUGGCACAGAGAAACGCGGGUCUGCUUCUAGCACUAGAGCAGGCUCCUUAGAACUCCGGUUGCACCCGACGAUGACCUCGGAAGCUCGGCCUAAAACUGCAGUCUCGCAAAAGACAAAGUCUUCCCCUGGGAUGGAAGGUCAUCAUUUCCGCUUGUUCCAAUCGAAUGGCAAAAGCUCGUCGAGCUCACGCUUCUCCUCGACAAAGACACUAGGGAAGAAGGCGUCCGCAGAAAGCUUGCAGUCUAGCAUUGGUUCACGUCCAACUCUAGGUCGAGCGUCGACAAUCAACUCGCUGCAGGAUUCUCAGUCUGUGAACAGCGAAACUAAAUCUAAGAGAUUUGGAAUUCAUCGAAACAGCCACAAGAAAAAAGAGCAGCCUUCUGAUGAUUUGACAAAGAUGAUGUCUCGGGCUUCGGAAUAUAUGACUUUGGCCUAUGUCAAGAUACCGUCCGUGGUCUUGUGCCUUUCUUAUAAAGGAAAAGGGGAUCGCAACAUCGAAGAUGUUCAUGAUUUCGUGUUCAAGUUACCUACCAUUGAAUAUCGGAACAAAACAUGGUCAAACCUGGACCUUGCUCAAACUAUCAAAAAGGACGUCAUAAGGGCCUUGAUUUCCCACACGGGGGCAAUCAUCGGCAACAAGUUCUCGAAACACCGCCCUAGCACAGCUCAGCAGAAUCGCCUACGGGAACUUGCCACAAGCUCAGUCGUGUUAGCCUCAUCCGCUUUAGACACUUCCCGAGACAACAGCGAUAGGUCCAGUUCAGUCACUCGCUCUGAUCGAUCCAGAAGCCCGCGGCGCUCCUUCGCAAGUGAAAACCAAUUGACCCGCACUCCCAGCGCGACCUCAAGUGUCGUUUCUUUGCCAGCUCCUGGCCAAAACCAGAAGCAUCUCCCGAUGGGCUUGAUGAUGACUCCAGCAAAUCAAAAGCAGCGGCCUGGCAGCAUCACCGAUAGCGAGACCACUCGCUCAAGAAGUAUCAUCAAUGGGCUCGAUUUCGUCCAUCGGUUGAAGAAGAAGGAUAAAGACGACUCAUCGCCGCCAUCAUCCAAUGGGCAGGAUGAUAGCGAAGAGUCAUCGAGGAGAAAGAGCAAGUCUUUGAAGACGAUACUUAGCGGGAUGACUUCAUAAGGGGACGGUGUUGAAUCAAGUUCAUUUUGUAAGAUAAAUGGCCCCAGGGCCACGUUUGGGGGGAGAUCUUCCGGUAGAGCAUAGCAUUAGUUGGCGUUGCCGAGGAUGGAGCGGAUACGUCCUUAAUUGGAUCAUAUUUUUGUUGGUUAUAUGCGGUAGGCAACACAGUAUAUAGCUUUCUUUUCAGUCGUGUCGUAGAAGCGAGAAAUAUAAAAAGUUGUCAGAAGAGGUUGAG